AUGAUAUAUACGCUAACUCCUGAGCAAGCUUAGAUCUCUAUAAAAAUCGAUAAGCCCAGCUAUUAUCCUGGGGAGAUUAUAAAAGGGGUGAUAUAUAUGAAAAUAAAAACGAAGGAUAUUUAAGCAGGUCUUUUGUAUUUAAAAGUAUGAAUUCGAAUAAAUCAAUAAAGCUCUGUGGCCAAGAGAAAGUGAAUUAAUUAGACUCAUAUAACUAAUUCUUUAGCUUUAAAUAAUUCAUAUACAAAAAACAGAAAAAAAUAACAGACUUUGGAAUGUAUAAUAAUUCAGCUGAAUAUUAGAAAAAUGCCAAUAUUAGCUUGCAAAAAAUAUUUUGAAUUAGAAGUUCCAUAAUUAUAUCCAAGUUUUACAAUUAAUUAUUACAAAAUGGUUUAAUGCAGAAUUCUUUAUUUUUUAUCUGUAAGUAUAUAAAGUGAAGAUGAGAAAUUUUUAUAUAAAGUACCAAAAAAACAUAGAGUUGUAGUUCAUAUAUUUUAAAAAUUGACAAUUUAGAAUUCAAUACCGAUAGAGUAUUCAGGAAUUUCAAAAUAAGAAAAAAAGUGUUGCUUUUCUACAGGGGUAUAGAAAUAAAUAAAUUUUAGAAUACAAAAGUAAAGGUUUAGCUUGAAAGAAUAUAAUAUAUAUUUGGAGAUAGUAUAUCAUUAAUUUUAGAAGUUGAUAAUAGUUAAUCAAAUGGUGUCAUCUAAAAAAUUGAAUUAAAGAUUUCAUCUUAAUUAGUAGUUUUAUAUAAAGAAUAAAAGAGAAAGUUAUCAAAUUAUUUUGAAAUCUUAUAAUAAGAAUUAACAGGUAAAUUGAUGAAUUAAUUUUAGAACAAAUUUAAGCACAUGCAUCAAAAUAAAUUACUACUAAUUUAAUUCUACCAUUUGGAAAGGGAGAAAAUAAAACGGCUAUUUUCCCAUAAAGUACAUUAAAAACAAAAAGAAUAAGUUAUUAAUAUAUUCUUACUGUGAAUGUGAUUUUUGCAAAAUAGUUAUUUGUUAAAGUAGAAAAUCUUGUUGUAUCAGUACCUUUGAUUUUGAUUUAAAAUUAGAAGAGAGAAAAAAGUAAUAUUAUUUAAUCGAUGGAUAAUUUAAGCAAGAUUGGAUCAUUGGUUGAAACAAACUAAAGAUUGAAUACAAGUUAACUAAAAAAGUUUAUAUAUGGAGAUCAUAAUUCUGCUGGAUAUGGAGAAUAAGAUGGUUAUGAUGGGCCUUUAAGAAAAUAUAAUCCAAUUGAAAGUUUAGAUGAAAAGGCAUUAAAAGACUCUAAAGGAGCUUUAGAAUAGUUGAUGUUUAAAAAAUAAUAUGAAGUUGAUAGUGAAAUUGAUGAAAAUUUUGAAGAUGAAAUAGAAGGUGUAAGUUUAAAUAAUACCAGUCUUAAUUAAAUAUAACCAUUUUAAGAAUAAUAGUAGUAGAGGACAAUCUUUAACUAAAAUUAAACAAAAGAUUUAAAUUGUCUCAAUAACAAUAAUGAACAAUUUAAAUAAGGAAAUGAUAUUUAAGAACAUUUGUAAACAAUAAAGGAAGAACAAGAAAGUAAGUAUAAUCUUAACACCAACGCCUAAUCUUCUACUUAGAAUCGAAAAUGUCAAUAAAUAGAAUAAAUUCAAUAAGAUUUCAAAAAAACUUCUCGAAAUCAAGGAUUAGAUAAGAAAGACUUUGAGCAAAUAAUUAAUAGUCCAAAAGACGGAACAAAUGAAAAAAAAACUACAAUACUUAAAAAAAAUAAAAAUAAUUUAUUUUCUGUAGAAUAAAAUGAAUAAAGAGAAUAAAAAUAAUUAAAGGUUUAAUUUAAUGAUGUUACUUCAGUUGAUACUCUUGAAGGGAAGAAUGGAGAAAAGAUAAAUAUCCAAAAAUAAAAAAAAUGA